CACCCUCGAUUUCAAAUCCUCAAGAUUUGGCGGCAAAAUCCAAAAAACCCUCUGCAGAUUACAAACGCAAACCAGAGAGAGAGAGAGAGCGAGAGAGCGCACAUCUAGGCCAGCAAUGUCGACGAUCUUCAUUGCGGUUCAAUGCUGCCAAUGCUCCACAAUGCAGGUGAAGCAGCAGCACAAGAAGAAGAGCAAGAUCGUUAACAAGUGGACGUGCGUGGUGUGCAACCAGAGGCAGUCCAUCCGGAAGGUGUUCGCCCAGGGCUUCAUGGCCAAGGACCUUCGCCACUUCGUCCAGACCUUCAACAUGUCCCGCAAGUCCUCCGAUCACCAACCAACUAACCUCCACGGAACUCCUCUUCCGGAAUCGCAACAAGUCGAAGAAGAAGAUAUUACCAACGACGGGUCUCCGUGCCGUCACAGGAAGAGACGAAGCGAUUGGAGCGAGUAUCUUGACUCGGAGCGCGACGAUCGCAUCAAAGGAGAAUUAGAAGCAACAGAAGAAGAAUUAGGUGGUGGUUUUGAGCCAAAGAUCGUGACAGAGUUGCCGGAGGGAAUGUUCAAGAAACCAAAAUUGAAGAACUCCUUUGCAGUGGUUGAUGCUGGAGAAGGAGAAAGCGAUGUCCUUUACAAGCCGGUUUUCUCGAAGAGAAAUUCCAGCAGCAAAAGAUUUAUCUCCCAAGACAAAGAGCUGAGUUGUCGGCCAUGGAUGACUGCCAGUAGCUCUUCUAAGGGGAAUGAGUACAUGAGACAGGAUGAAGACAAGCCAAGGAGAAAGGUUCAGCUGCCGAUGGCAACUGCUGCGCGAGUUUCCAAAUGGAACGACUACAUGACAACUCACGAUGACACCGAAUUGGAACUCGCCAGUGGUACAAAUAUAGAAGAACAUCAUGGAGAUCAAUGGAGCGAUGAUAUCUUGGAGUUGGAGACCAUAACCCAUGAUCAAAGAGUAGAAGAUGAUGUCCACCCUGAUUUCAUGUGCUGAAGCUCUGUUUAAUCGCCCAUCUUGUGCUUCUUCCUCCAUUGUAUCUACCCCUUUCUAGAUGAACAAC